AUGGAAAAAAUAACGUCAGAAUUAGUUUAUUAUAAAUAUGUUGAAGAGGAAAAUAUAAUUGUCAAAAAAGUUGCAUGUAAGAGAUUAUAUGAAGAUAAAUAUCGAGAAUAUAUGCUUAAUAGUCUAGCUGAAUUUGAAGAUCAAUUAGACUCAAUAUAG